UGGCUGUUUAGCAGGCCCGCUCAGCUUAUAAGUGUCAGGAAGGGUUCCUCACGGGCAGUCGCUAAGGCUCCUCUAAAGAAGAGAGCUGUGCGGUGCUUCCCACUGGACCUGUUCCUACUGGAAGGCUGGCCUGGAAGGGUUCUGCUCGGAGAAUGCCACACUUAGCUGACUGUAGCUACUACAAGAUGCGAGACGGAAGCCGAGUACUGAACGUCCAGACUCACCUGGAAAAUCCGAAGUACAGUCUCCACCCAACUCAGGUGCAGCAGGUGAAGCAAUACCUGACCCUGGGCUCCAAGCUCGCUGCGCACGGCCCCCCUGGGCCCAUCCCGCACCCGCACCCGCACCCAGGGCAACACGUCGGCUCUGUGGCCGUGAUGCGGAAUGGGCACCUGGGUGCAGCCAGCGACGGCAGCACCCCCGGAAGCCCCGUCACACUAAUGAGCCUCACUGGGGGCCACGACGGCGAGUUCCCAAUGGAUGAAGUUAUUGACGACUUAAUUAGCCUUGAAUCCAGCUUCACUGAUGAAGGCUUGGGGCGUAUGGAUCCUCAUGCCAUGCAGAACAAUGUGUCCCUCAGCGGCAGCAUGUUGGAAGCUUUUGGCGCAGAGCAAGGUAUGACUGCCCCUAGUGGCGGAAUGACACCUGCACCAUGCGCCACAAAGCUCACUGUAAAAAGUGAAGUCACAGAACAUGACACAAGAGUUUUGGCCAAAGAACGUCAGAAAAAAGACAAUCACAACUUAAUUGAAAGGAGGAGGAGGUACAACAUCAACUACAGAAUCAAGGAGCUCGGGACACUUAUACCAAAAUCCAAUGACCCGGAUAUGCGCUGGAACAAGGGCACCAUCCUCAAGGCAUCUGUGGAGUACAUCAAGUGGCUGCAGAAGGAGCAGCAACAUGCUCGUGAGCUGGAGGGCCGCCAUAGGAAGUUGGAACAGGCCAAUCGCAGGCUGCUGCUCCGCAUCCAGGAGCUGGAGAUCCAGGCCCGUGCUCAUGGCCUUCCCAAUGUGACCCCUUCUCAGGGUCCAACAGAAGCGUCUUCGCACCUUAUGAAGCAGCAGCAACAGCAGCAGCAGCAGCCAACGGAGCCACUGUACCAGGAGGACCCGGGUGGGGAUUAUGCAGCGCAGGCAGUUGCACCAACGAUGGCCCCCGCAGAGCACGCCGAUGGCCCCGCAACCUUCUCAGACCCGCUCUCUCACUUUACGGACUUCUUUAGUGCUACGCUCAAGGACGAGCACCGUUUGGACCACAUUCUGAUGAACGGUUCACUGUCACCCUUUGGAGGUGAUCCACUCCUCUCUGCGACCUCGCCCGAUGCCUCCAAGGGGAGCAGCCGCAGAAGCAGCCUCAGUACAGAUGAUGGAGGUGACCUAUGACCUAUGAACCCCAUUCUCAUGUGUCACCUCACCACUGCCACCUUUUGGUCCCCCCCUCAAUGCAGCUCUUCCCAGUUUCGCUGAGAAAGGCUUCCAGAGCCAGAAGAGGCUGUUUGGCAACAUGAUGGACAUUGACAGACACAAAGCCAAGGACCAAAGUAAAAGGGAGACAGAUGGACUGCAAAUGCUGCCAGUACUGACCUACAGCUCACACUAUUUACUGUCAGUACCUAGACUUAAUCUGCAAAUACAGAUCCUUGGGCUAAGGAGCAACAGUCCACCCUGUUUCACAGGGCAGUGCCAUCCUUCAAAAGGCCAAAGCUGAUGUUCACACCUCUUAUUGUCUACAGUUCUGUAUUUCUAACAACAGCCUUCUAUGUUGCUUGUAAUUAUAAUUUUUUUUUUUAAUUUAAAUGUGUUUUUUAACUAUUUAUAUUUA